AUGAUGAUAAUAAUAGAGGGAUCAUCAUGGAAAUCAAUAUGGAAGGCCCGAAUUAAAUCCAUCAAGAAGGGAAAUAUCAUUCUUGGUUGUUCAUUAAUUGUAGCCUUCUUGAUCAUUGUUGUGGCUGCUCUCGUUGGUUCCUACUUUUUCAUUGGUAGUCAAGAACCAAUCAUUAAUGAUGGUGGUUCUAGCACUGAUCCGAGAGGAAAGAAUUGUCUCCCAAUUCCUAAUUUCAAAUUUGACUUUGAUGAGGAUAGAAAUUUUACAAUGAAUCAGAAUAUUCAGGAAAGUGCAUAUGUCUUGUUGAAGAAUGUGAAUUUGAUUUCAUCUUCAAAUGUUGAUGGAAAGGGAAAGGUAAAGAUUUCAAAUGUGGAUAUCUUGUUGGAGAAGGGAAAGAUUUCAAAGAUUGCUAAUCAUGGAUCUGAUGAAUUGAAGGCAUAUGAAGGUGUGGAUUUGAAUGGAAGAUUUGUUACUGCUGGUAUUGUGGAUAUGCAUUCACAUUUGGGUGUCAUGUCUGAUCCUUUGGACACUCGUGGACAUGAUGAUGUGAAUGAAGUGAGUCAACCUCUAACUCAAAUGGUUAGAUCAGUUGAUGCAUUGAAUCCAAAAGAUAUUGCCAUUUCUGAAAUUAGAUUCCAUGGAGGUGUUACAUCAUCUUUGAUUUUGCCAGGUUCUGCAAAUGUUAUGGGAGGUGAAGGUGCUUUUGUUAAAUUGAAAACAGCAGCUGGAACUGUCAGUAGCAUGUUAAUUAGAGAUGCUCCAAGAACUCUCAAGAUGGCAUGUGGUGAAAAUCCAAAACGUGUCUAUGGUAGAAGUUUCAAAACAAUGCCAUACUCUAGAAUGGGUUCUGCUUUUUUAAUGAGAAAAAUCUUUUCAGAUUCUAAGAAACUCAUGUUAGAUCAAGAUAAUUGGGAUUGUAAUGAAUCUGUGAGAAAGACAACUCCAUCAAGACCAUACGAUCUUACUUUGGAUCCAGUUGUUGGCCUCUUGAGAGGUGUUAAUAUUACUUUAAAUGUUCACUGUUAUGAAGUUCAAGAUUUGGAAAUGAUGAUUAGAUUGUCAAAGGAAUUCGGAUUCAAAAUAUCAGCAUUCCACCAUGCUCUUGAAGCAUACAAGAUUGCUGACAUUUUGGAAAGAAAUAAGAUUACUGUUGCCACUUUUGCUGAUUUAUUUGGAUUUAAGGUUGAGGCCUAUGAAGCCAGUGUUCAUGCUCCAAGUAUUUUGAGAAAUAAGAAUGUCAGAGUGGCCCUUAAAUCAGAUCACCCAGUUAUUCACAGCAAGUAUCUCUUGUUAAAUGCUGCAAAGAGUCACUUCUAUGGAUUGGAUGAACAAUCAGCUCUCAAUUCUGUCACUUCUGUUCCAGCUGAAGCUAUGGGAUUAGGUAAUAGAUUGGGAAAGGUUGAGGUCAAUUAUGAUGCUGAUAUUGUUGUUUGGGAUCGUUUUCCACUCAUGCUAGGUGCAAGACCACACCAAGUAUUUAUUGAUGGUAACAAGGUUGACGAUCGUAAUUUGCCAAUUCACAGUACAUUGGAUCAUGUUCCAAAAUCAACCCAAACCAUGAAGAUUACUAUUAGAAAGGACGAUAAGGAUCAAUCAACCACUGAAACUGAAUUCUGUAGCUAUGAUCCAGAAACCUUUGGCAAGACACAUACAGGAGGUUACACAAUCAAGGGAGCCAAGAUUUACACUAUGCACAAGGAAAAGCCAAUUAUUGAUGAAGGUAAUGUCGUUGUUUCUGCCUCUGGACUUAUUUCCUGUGUUGGAACUCAAGAUGAAUGCCCAAUUCCAGAAACUGACGGACACGUCACCUAUGAAAUCGAGGACGGUAUUGUUGUACCUGGACUCAUUGAGUCAAGUACUUCACUAGGUCUCUAUGAAAUUGAAGCUGAACCAAUUACUGAAGAUGGAGAUAAUUACGGAAUGAAUACUGAGAGUAUUUUCGGAAUUCAAAGUAGAUUUGGAGUUAGAAUGAGAUCGAGAAAUCUCAGAGCUGCUUGGAAGGCAGGUGUAACAACUUCAAUUACUCAUCGUCAAGGAAGAUUAUUGAUUAAUGGUCUCUCUAGUGUAUUCACUUUGGAAGGAUUAAUUGUCAGUGAUAGCUUAAUCUCAAACUCUUCUGCACUCUAUGUUACUAUUGGUGCCAACUCAAAGGAGGGUGGAAUUUCUGAUUCAAUUUCUGCUCAAAUCAAUUAUUUGAGAGAAGUUUUCCAAAGCUCAAAGGACAUGGCCAUCAAGAGAGUUUUGAAUAGAGAAAUCCCAGUCUCUGUAUUUGCCAAUCAAGCUGAUGAUAUUGGACAAUUAAUUGAGUUAAAGAAUACCUUCGGAUUUGAUAUGGUAAUUAUUGGUGGAGCUGAAGCUCACUUGAUUGCUGAUAAAUUAGUUCAAAAUAACAUUCCUGUUAUUUUAACACCACUCGCUGAAGAUUUAAGUGACAAGCUCAAUUGGGAAACCAAGAGAAGUAAGAAUAAUUUUGGAGCUUCUGAUUUAUUCACUGCAGGAGUCAACUUAGGAAUUGGUAUGGGAACUUCAGCACACGAUGUCAGAAAUUUGAGAUUUAUUGCUGGUCUAGUUUCCACUGAAGGAGAAAAAGAAUCCUCCAUUCAAUUCAUGGAUGCUCUCUCCUCAGUUACCAGUACAAUUUCAGAUAUUUUCAAAUUGGGUCAAGGUGUUGGUUACAUUACCAAAAACUAUCCAGCCAAUUUGGUUUUAUUCGAUGGCAAUCCACUCAAUUUCUCUGGAAAACCAAAACUUGUUGCUGUGAAGAAUACCGUUGAUUGUAGUAUUGUUCAAUUUUAAAUUUUAACAAAACUUUAAAUUAAUUUAUUAUUAUCCUUAUUAUGAUAUGAGCUUUUUUUAUCCUUUUUAAGAAAGUCAAUACAAUCGCUCAUGAAAUUAUACAAGCCUGGGAUUCUAACAAGAGCUGUAAUUUCAGAUGAAGGAGACAUCCGAAUUAAUUGACAACGAAUUUUGUAAAAUAUUCCAACAACAAUUCCAAUAAAAAUUCUCAAAUUUAUAAC